CCAGUUUCUGUAACUAAAAAUGCAAAAUCUGCUUUCAAUAUAGAUUACUCUACAACAUGCUCUAUGUUGAAGUCUGAUGAACCAGAAACACCUAGCGGUUAUUAUAUGAUUCAACCAAACGAAAACGAAGCUCCAUUUACAGUGUUCUGCGACAUGACUGACAAGAAUGGGACCGGUGUGACGGUCGUUAGUCAUGACAGUGAAGAAAGCACGCACGUCAACGGCUACGAAGGCAAAGGCGAGUACAAAAAAUCUAUCACAUAUAACGGCUUGACCAUGGAACAAAUCAUAAAUGUCAUCAACGCGUCUUGUUAUUGCGAACAGUUCAUCAAAUGGUAUUGUAAAAAUGCUGGGUUGUACCUUCAAUAUUCAGCACCCGAUUCAUGGUGGGUUUCACGUCAAGGUUAUAAGAUGACAUACUGGGGUGGGGCGAUUCCAGGUAGUAAAAAAUGUGCUUGUGGAAUGACUAACAGCUGCUUGGAUACAACAAGAUCAUGCAAUUGUGAUGGUGGGUCGAGUCAAUGGGUCGAAGACAGCGGAUUUCUGGUGGACAAGGAAUACCUGCCUGUUAGUGAAUUGAGAUUUGGAGAUACAGGGUACUAUACUGAAGAAGGUUAUCACACGCUUGGCAAACUGUUAUGUUGGGACUGA